GCCGACCCUCCUCUCCUCACUGCAGCCCCGUCCCGUCCGGGUGCACAGACGCGCGCACGCCGACCCCACGCAGAUCCAAAGCAAGAUUCAAAAGAACAUCUUUGCGUUUCCUCCAGCUCCCCAUCAUCGUGCUAGGGAGGAGGCAGCGGGUGAGAAACAAAACUUUCCACUGCCGUCGUGUUCCGAGGCCGAGGCACCUCUAAGGUACUGAUGGCUCUACAGAGGACCCGUUCAUUCCUUCUGCUCUUGCUGCUGAUCCUGCUGGGGCUAGGGCUAGUACAGCCCUCCUAUGGCCAGGAUCACAUGUACCAACGAUUCCUGCGGCAACAUGUGGACCCUGAGGAGACAGGUGGCAAUGAUAGAUACUGCAACUUGAUGAUGCAAAGACGGAAGAUGACUACGCGUCAGUGCAAGCGCUUCAACACCUUCAUCCAUGAAGACAUCUGGAACAUUCGUAGUAUCUGCAGCACCACCAAUGUCCAGUGCAAGAAUGGCAAUAUGAACUGUCAUGAGGGUGUAGUGAAGGUCACAGACUGCAGGGAGACAGGAAGCUCCAGGGCCCCCAACUGCAGAUAUCGAGCCAUGGCAAGCACUCGGCGUGUCGUCAUUGCCUGUGAGGGUAACCCAGAGGUGCCUGUGCACUUUGACAAAUAGAUACUACCCUGCUGGGGUUAUGGCCAGUGUUUGGCCUUUAACUUACUCCUUAAAUAGAAAUGAGUAAUGCAUUUGAACUGUCCCAGGCUCUGUCUCCUCUGUUUAUUUCUUAUUCUUUUUCUCUAUAUAACCCAUUCUACUAAAUAUUAAUACAUUGCAUUAAAGAUAAGUGGAGAUGUAUGCCUAUAAUGAGUCUGGGCUUUUCUAUAAUAAGCUUCUUUUUAUAAUACUAGUCAGCUUAACUCUCUCAGAUCCUAUCCUCUGUAAUUUAGUCAUUUGUGUAUUUAUAUAGGAUUUUAAGCAUUUCGAAGUGCUUUCAUUUAAGCUGUAUCAUUUUAAUAUCGUAGCACCCCUGAUGAUGUUGUUAUAUAUAGAAGCUUGAAGUUAAGGAAUCUGCUGAAGACCAUAAAGUUAGGGAAAGAGCUGAGACAAAAACUCAGUUUAAUUAGCUACUCAUCCAGGGAUUUUUCUACUUAGUCACAGGAAUGUUUUGAGUGUCUGCUUUUGGUUAUGCCCCAAAGUCAGCUGUUGGGAGAAACAUUAAAAAUUUGAAAAUAUAUACCAGCAAAAUCAAAGUUCUGUGUUAUUUGUCAUUGUUGUUAUGUUUGGGUCUGAUAAGAUUAAGAAAAUGAUGUUAGGAAUUUUCUCUUCCUUUUCCCAAACCUUUA